AUGGGAGAAGCUCCAGAGCCUGCAAUGCCAUUUCACCUGGCAGUUUGAGAAAGAGGGCCAGGUGAAUGCAGCACACAUCCUGAAGAUGUUGGCUCUCCAGGCGGAACACACGCCACACCGGAACCACGCCACCUUCAUCGCCAUGAAGGCCUACCUGCAGCACUUGCAAGGGGACUACAGAGAGGCCCUGGGCAGCCUCCGAGAAGCAGAGGAAGUCCUGAAACGAGACCAUCUGGCCAACUUCUCCCGCCAGGCCCUGGUGACUUACGGGAACUAUGCCUGGGUUUAUUACCACUUGGCCAAUUUCGACAUGGUGGAGCUCUACCUGGGCCGGAUUCGGGAGACCUGCCGGUCCCUGGCCAGCUCUGAGACUUACUCUGUUCUGACCCCUGAAAUCCAUGCCCAGAAAGGCUGGUCGCUCCUGGCUGUUGGCUUCCGGAACGGGGAGGAGGCCCAGGAGUGCUUCCGAAUGGCACUGCAAGGAGAUGAGUCCAACGAGGAAUUCAAAGCAGGACUGGCAACCUCUGUGUAUGCAUGCUGGACUCACUCUUUCAGUUAUGAUCUUUGUAAGGAGGCCCAAAGAUUGCUGGAAGAGGUUGUCCUUAGCCAGCCCCAAAAUUAUGAAGCCAAAGCAUAUUUGGUCAAUGUGCUCCUGACAACAAGUACAGGCUGGAGAGCAAACAGCCUGAUGGAAGACGUUGUCCAGAACAGCCUCAACCCUGAAGUCCUCAGAAAUGUUGCCAGGCUGAAAAAGCCAAACUCAUUCCCCAAGCAAAUCCCCCGAGCAAUUUCCAUCUUGAAGCAGGCCGUAGCCCUGGAUCCUGGCUACCAUCUCCUCCACUACGACCUUGGGCACUGUUACAAGAACGAGAUGGAAAGAGCCUCACCAGAAAAAAGAGAAGAAAUGCUGGCAGCUGCUACCGAGAGCUUCCAACAGGCUGUGGAAACGGAUCCUCCGUUUAUAUUCCCCAGGUUGGAACUGGCUAAACUCUACAGAGAAAAGUCCCCUGCUUACGAGGAAGAGAUGUACCUGACCCUGAUGGAGGGGCUGCCAGGAGUCAGCAAGCGAUGCCAGCAGGCCAUCUACCUCCACUGGGGAGACUUCCUCCUCCACAAGAAGGGGCUGAAGCACCAGGCCCUGGAGAUGUACCAGGCGGGCUUCGGAAUUGUAGAUGGCCACAUUAAUGAGAAGCGGCAGCUGAAGGCCCGGCUGGUGGACCUGGCAAAGAUGUUUCAGGAAGACUCUGAAAUGCACCAGGCUGAGUCUAUCUACCACAUUGUUGGCUUCCCUUACGCACAAAGGUCUGGCUGUAAAUUUAGCAAGUAAAUUAAAUUCUGCAAGGGAAGGGAAGUCAGGAGCUGAAGAUGCGGAUACUUUUCUAUGCAUUUGAAACAAGCCUUCCUGUUCAGCAGAUGUUUGCUGCCCAAAGAUCUUCUGACUUCCGCUAACCUUAGUAGAAAGUUUGCUCUUGUUUGGCUUUUUCUGCGACAUUCCUCUCUGCCGUUCCGUGGCACGCUUAAGCGGGCUCCUUCUGCUUCCUGAAUCCCUCUUGGCUCUCUUGAGGCAACGAGACGCAAUGCUUCAUUUUGUUGCAAAUGGAGGAAUGGAAAGCACCUGGCCCUUGCCAUUUUGGGGACCUGCCAUCCCUCCUCUCUGGUGAUCAAUGCUCACAGGACUUCACAACAUCUACC